UGCCGACGCGGUUCACGGGGAAAGGUCGCUCUCGCUCCCCUGGCGAAUAACCGACCACAAAAACGCAUGAUUUUAUAAUGCGAAUGCCCAUAAAAGUGGUGUUUGUGAAUCGUCUACCACGUUUCUCUUGAAGAUAAACAAUGAAAGUAAUAAGCAAGCCGGAAAACCUUAAACAACAGAUGGCGCUGUAAAAUCGAACAUGAUACCGUUUUUCGUCAACAGGUGGCGUUGUGACAAAAAUUUAGUAGUGCUAAGUGAUUUGUGAAACAUUUUUUUGUUUUUUUUUUCGGUGAUUCAUUUCAUUUUACGUUGUCAAGUGCUUGUGAAAUGCGAGAAGGGUCCAAGCCUGGGCCGAGUGGUGCCUCAACGGGGCUUGGUAACGACAAUAAUGGCUUAUGGAACGAAAGCAGCUUCGAAGAGCUUACGUCUUUAAAAGCUUUGCUACAUUUCCCUGAAGAAGUUGCUUUGAGACUGACCGACACAGAAUAUCAGCUGUUUUACCAGGUUCCUCCUAUAGAUUAUCUGCGUCAAGUAACCCUAGACCUCGGAGGUGAGGGUCUCGCGGGAACCAGCGAACGGCACAUGAUCAGAAGAGUUCCUGCAACACAUCAUCAGCCCACCUCAAGCACAGUCAGCGCUCUGAUCCGAAGAUUCAACGAGGUAUCAGCGUGGGUCACGGAGCUUGUCUUAGCUAGCGGGUCACAGGAGGACCGGAAGGCGGCUCUCGCCUGCGUUCUCCGGGUAGCCCUGACCUGCUGGAACAUCGGGAAUUUCAACAGCGCCAUGGAAAUCGUCGCGGGACUGAAAUCAACGAAACUUAAAGCCUUCUGGCUGAGCGUGUCUGAUGAGCCUCUACCCUCGCUGGACUUCCUCUCGGCGGCCCUGCUCUCGGCAGAAUACGAGAGGGCGUUGAGCAGAGCCCUCGCCAUGCAAGAGUGCAGAUUAAUACCAUUCUUCGGUGCCUUCCUGAGAGAACUAAGAGAGAUUUUGGCUGCAACUCCAUCUCUUACCAGCACCCCAACACACAGGAGAGACUUCAAAAGGGACUCGUUGAGAGACGAUAGGGGCUCAUUAAAGAAAGACCCGAAAAGAGAAAGUGGGAAGCGCGCAGACCAAGGCACCGCGAACAGUUCUCCACGGGAGAGCUGCAAAAGAGAUCCCAGGCUUAAUGAACAGAAUCGACAAGUCUACAUUGCGUCGUUCGAUGAAGACGGCGACCAGACUCCAGGGUGGAGGCGCGUUGGCCCCGAGGGUCUCGUGAACUUGGAGAAGGUUUACAGGACCCAGGCAGUGAUGGACCACAUAGCAAGCUUCCACCAGCACCACUACCUGUUGUCCAGAACCCACACGCCCGUCUUCGGAGAUUACUUAAGAACAGCUCUAGCAUCCUGCGAGGAUCCGGUCUUUUCGCAGACAGCUCAGAAGACAAGCGGCUGUGACUUCGAAAACGAGGCCCUCUACGAGCUGGAAGGCGGCGGCUACAGUCCUGUUCAGCCGUUACCGCAUGACCACGGAGUCACUAUGUUUCCUCUGGCCCCGCAGAAUGGAGAAAGAAUAGAUAGGCAUGUAUUGCAGAUUCUGCAUCACGGUACCACGUGCGUGGUAGGAGAUUCAGAGUGGAGCGGGAACCUAGCUCAUUUGAGGUUAGAGAGAGCCUGCGCUCUACUCUCGUGGACCAGAACAAGUCACAGACCCCAUAGCUGUCACGGUGAAACCCCAUCAGACAACGUUCAGCAAUCUGAAAUCAGCUUCUCAUACAACCCCGAGGAAGUCAUCCCGUUGAAGUACACAGCGAAUAUACAUGAAAACGAAGCGGGGGUGGUCGGAGAAGAGGGGUUCAUCGAUCUCCAAUGCGUGAAGGACAUGAGACUGAAUGGGAGAUUACUAGAUUCAAGAGACGCUUCGGAGCUGACCUCCUGCGCUAAGAGACACGGCCUGGACUGCUCCAGCGGACCCAACAUAAUUUCUCUGGUCUACGGAAGGACGUUGAGUGACAACCGUAUUGUGCAUUUCGUGCUUCCUACGUAUUCAUAUAAGGUCUGGGCUAUUGGACUUCAUUCGGUGAUCAGGGCCCUCAUGAGCCAAGAGAAGCUUGCCGACAGGAGUUUGACGUGGCUGAAAAACAAAUACACGGCCUUGUACUAUGAAGACGGAUGCUGCUGCGAGCCAUUGGUAUCAGACGCCAUUCGGGUCUUCGGAGGAAGAGAGUCGGCAUACGGCAGCUCUUCUCACUCGACUCCCGUGAAAGGAACAUGCUCCGAUUCUCAUACUGACUCCUCCAGAAGUUCUGGGAUUAAAUUCAAGAAGAACAAGUCUACGUCAGAACUGAAGAGUUCUCCAAAGAGCUACGGGUCCCACGCGUCUGGAGCGAGAAGCGAAGACGAGAUCCAUGGUUCUCCCAGACACAGCAUGUAUUCUACGAUGAGCUACCACCACCACUGCCCCCCACGACACAACAGCUUGACAAUGGCUUCUUCCAGCAUAGCGACUAGCUCCCCAAACAGGAGUAGCUUACGAAGACUAGAGAACAGUGAACGUUUUUGGGAGAAUCUGAAGCACCUUCGGGCCGGAUCCGUCGGCUACGACACUCAGCUGGAUUUCAUGGGCUUCGUGGCUCUGUUCAGAAGCUUCAGCUUGGCGAUGCGUUCUGAACUAAGAGAAGUCUUUGAGCAACUGGCCGUGCCAAGGCUGAACACCCAGCUCCUCGGCGAGAAGAGCAGGAGCUCACCAGAGCUGUUCCGAAACAGAGCUGUCUUUAGGACCGGCCUACUCACAAGGAACGGGUCUUUGGACUUAGAACCGCCCACCGACAAAGCUAGCAGGAAGAAAGCCUUCGAUCUUUUGGCCGGUGCGGCCCUGCCAGGUACCAGUCCUGAUGUGAGCGGGCGUGUCCUGUCGCUACCCACCCUUGGAAAGUUCUGCGAGGCCAGACAAAUGGAACCGAAAACCGAGCAGCAACUGAAGGAAAUAAUCCAGAGGCACGAACCGGACCCGUUGCUGAGGGCUGACCACUGCCUCUCCUUCGAGGGUUUCGUGAGGUUUCUAACGGACAAGGACAACUAUGCCUUCGUCCCUGAGCAGAGAAGGGCUUCUAAUUUCAACACCACUUCAAGCGAAGACGAAGGCCUGGACCGGACCUCGAAGGACAUGACGGGGCCACUAAGCCAGUACUACAUAGCCAGCAGCCACAACACGUAUCUUACUGGACAUCAGCUGAAGGGCGAAUCCUCAGUCGAGCUGUAUAGUCAGGUGCUAUUAACGGGAUGCCGUUGCGUCGAGCUGGACUGCUGGGACGGCGACGAUGGAAACCCUGUCAUCUACCACGGCCACACUUUCACGACGAAAAUUCAGUUCCGUCGAGUUGUUGAAACUAUUGCGAGGAGCGCGUUCGUUGCAUCACCGUACCCCCUGAUUUUGAGUAUUGAGAACCAUUGCAGUCUCCCGCAACAACAAGUUAUGGCCAGCACAUUUGAGGCAGUUUUCGGAGACAAACUGGUCACGUCGUUUUUAUUCGAAGUCGACUAUACAGACGAACCGAGACUCCCUAGUCCGGAGCGACUAAAAUAUAAGGUCCUCAUCAAGAAUAAGAAGCUACUGCCAUUCGAAUCGAGUCCCACAGUAGGCUUGGGGGCCAGCUCAUCCCAGGGCUACGGGGGCGUGCUGACCACCCCCAGCAGUGCGAGGACGAAUGAGAAGCCAGCCACCGCGUCGCUACCAGAUAGCAACCGGACCAGUUCCGGAGUCUCCCAGCAGUCAGGAAGCUCGCUGACCGAAUACUUCUCCGACGAAGACUACGAGGAAGACGACGACGAUAUCGAUGAGAAAGAGCUCCACAAGAUCCUAAAUUCGAUGGAAGAUAAGAGCGGUAGGACGUCUCUCUCGUUCUACCAGGGCUUCCGUAGGAGCGAGGGGGACGGAGAAUCUUCAAGCGUCAAACAUUCGACCAGGAAGAGAAGCAAUCAGAUCGCCCGGGAACUUAGUGAUAUGGUCAUCUACGUUCAGGCGAUCAAGUUCCGUGGCUUGAAUCCUCUAUCACCGAAGAGUUCCAUCAGACAGCCCAAGUCCAAGGAGACGGCUCCAAGCAGCUUCGAGUCAUCCGAAAGCAGCGACAGCACCAGCGCGCAAAUAGCUCAAGGCACGAGGCCUCGCUGCCUCAACGCUCCGGCUGUCCACCACCCUUGCUAUCGAUGCUCCUCAGUCAACGAAGCCAUCGGGAAGAAGAUAUGCAGGAAGCACCCGGUAGCGCUAAUCGCUCAUACGGAAACGCAACUCGUGCGGACCUAUCCAGCCGGCAUACGAAUAGACUCGUCCAACUUCGACCCGGUCACGUUCUGGGCUUGCGGCGUGCAGAUGGUCGCUCUCAACUACCAAACCGAGGACGCCGCGAUGGCCAUCAACGCCGCAAUGUACGAGAGCAACGGGUGUCUGGGCUACGUCAGGAAACCCAUAGUCAUGUGGGACCCUUCGCACAUAGCCUACAGAAGAUUCAAUCCAAUGGAUAAAGAGUUCGAUGGUAUCCACGCGUCUCACCUGACCCUGGCGGUCAUAUCCGGGCAGUACGUGGCCGAAAACGUGUACUCCUUCUACAACGCCUUCGUGGAGGUGGAAAUACUUGGAGUCCCAGCCGACUGCAGGAAGAUCAGGACCAAAGUGGCCAGGAGGAACGCUCUGAACCCCGUCUGGAAUGAAACCUUUAAUUUCAAGAUAAACUUUCCCGAGCUGGCUUUCGUUCGCUUCGAGAUAUACGACGCGGAUACCAACUACAUGUUGUCGCAACGGGUCAUCCCACUGCACUGCCUCAGACCAGGGUACCGGCACGUCCGGCUGAGGUCCCCGACAAACCAGCCGCUAAACAUGGCGUCUCUGUUCAUCUUCUCCCGCUGCUCUGAGGAGCUGGCUGGAGAGAGUUGCCGGAACGAUCUGGACUCCAAUUCCCCCCACGAAAGACUGAAGAUACACUUCAUCGUGGUCUACGCGGUCUCAAGGAACGAACCUUAUUCUAUUCUGAAGGUGACGCAAGAUACCACGGCUAAUGAGGCAAUAGCGCAGUGCUUAGCCAAGGGUGGUCUUUGCGGGUCGUCCCGGGGCAGCUACGUGCUAGUGGAGGAGUGCAGAGGAAACGCUCGCCAGCGGGUCCUGGCUCCUCACGAGAGGGUGCUGAGGGCUGGCAACUCUAGGUUACUCCUGAAACGAGUCGGUGACGACCCUAGCAGCAGGGCUUGGCUUACUAGCAUACGGUCGACGUCCUCGGACCGCAACAAGGAUCGCUCGGUGCCUUCGGACGAGGAGUCCGCUCAGGAUGACGAGCCUCGGCGCGCAGAUAGCUACCUGGUCUGCGUUCACAACGUCUCGCACGAGAUCCCGUACGCAAUACUCAAGGUACCUCUGGGAGCGACAGCGUCGUUUGUCGUCCACCAAGCGCUGACGAAGGCCAGAUGUCAAGAGGAUCCCAAAAGAUUCGUGCUAGUUGAGGAAUUGGAGUGGGGCGGGAGAGCUGGUGGUGGACCUCAGCAAAGGGCGUUAGCUGAUGAUGAAGUGGUAUACGCAGCUCAGGCCAGCUGGAAGACCUUAGGUAGAUUUGUUCUGCAGGAGAAAGGAUCGUCGGCUCCUUUGCCGAGACACCGCGCGGCCAUCGCUAGAAUCCAAAGAGGACUUAGCAUUACUAAAGGCGCUUUUACUGGUAAUGCUGGCUUCCCGAUCGGCAGCUUCGGGUCCUCGGAGACACCCGAAGGCAAAACUCCAGUUCAAACGGCCUAUAGCGACCCCACGCACUGCAGGAGAUUAUCAACAGCUCCUCUGGGGAAAGGGAUAGAGCGAGCCAAGGGGCACUCGGAUAAGGACUUCAGGACCUACAUGCAAAGAAGGCAGGGCUGCAGAGAGGUGCACUCCGAAGGCGAGACCGGUGGAUCCCUGGGAGCUGAAGCGUUGGCCGCCCAGGUGGCUCGCUUCAAGAGAGUCUCUUUACGGAAGCUCAGGGCUUGGCGCUCCUGAGUGUGGCAGGUUCUCCGCCGACUAGGGAACAGUCUGGCGAACCAUCGUGCGUCCCUUUCAUCUGAGCUAGGCUCCUUAUGGGAUUUCUUCAAGAUAGAGCGCGACAGGCGGAGAUCCGCGACGACCACAACGUACGAACCGAUUCUGACCGAGUCUAAAUCACCAGUUAAACUGGCCAGAGAUUUGCUCCAAGUCAUUCAGGAAACGGUAUUCACUAAGAAGGAUGAUGAACCGAAGCGAUGUCCUCUGGUCAAAGAGGAAUCAGACCUCAGCUCCGAGGAGGACGAAGGAACCGACAGCAGAAUAGCAAACCUAAUUGAUUUCUUCUUCACGAUCGUCAAGAGUCAGAAGGAAGACCGCAAAGGCUCCGGAGGUAGUUGCUUCAAAUCCGAAGCCAGUCCGGACGAGGCCAGAGAAUUACCCAAGAAAGUCAACAGGGAACUUGAAGAGAAAAUGGACACUCUAAUGGAAUUCCUCGCAACGACCGGCUGUAUGAACAAAGAAGACCAGACUCAAAAAGAAGGGAAGAAGAUAACUCUGAUGGAGUUCCUCUUCGGCGUAGAAGAACGUAAGAUGGAGAUCGUUGAACCUAAAAGCCUUAGUCUGUCCGAAUCAAACGUUAAUGUGAAGCUUUGUUACAUAGACGAAACUCCGAACGAAGAUGGAACGGAAUCCUUUGUCGAGAUCCUCCUGAAAUACAUGGAGGACUACAAAAAGGAGGACAACACAAAAUCGAUGUCCGUCACUCCCUCUCUAUCGGAGAAAAGCAAGUCCGACGUGACGAUCAGCAAAUUGGAGACCUUUAGCGACAUCAGCAAGACCAAAUCGGAUUCAACGCUGACCCACACCCAGGAGACGGUGGUCGAUCGCGGAGACGAGAACCCUCAGGGACCUCAAGACAGAAGGCGGAUAUCCGAAGCUAAUAUAGACUUGAGCUACGUUAAACAGGAUCUGGAAGAGAUUAUAAAUGAAGCUCUUAACAGAGUGGAACAGUUGACGAUUAAUCAUGAUGAUACGAUGUCUGAACAAGAAGACUUCGAGAAUUACAACGCUUACACGAAACCGCCGCAGUAUUUCCAGUAUUUCCCUUACAGCAUCGAGCUGUCAGACAUACUAGAGGAAGAUGAGCUCUCGUAUAGAGAACAGGAGUCCGACUCUUUUGUGGCGAGGAGACUAGCGGAAGAACUCCUGAACUACAUCGAAGCGAAAGUGGAACGGCAUUUCGAUGAUUCAGAAUUCGAUUUGAGUCCGGUCAAGCGUUCGUCGAGCCUCAUAGACUUGAGGUCGAUUCCGGAUCUGCCGCCGAGCAUGAUCAUCAAGCCGAGGGUCGCGAGAAUGAAUCGAUCGACUUCGACCACGGAGAUUUCCGAUUCGAAUUCCGAUUUGUCCAGGAGGAUGGACUCCGGUUGUAUGACCGAAGACACCACCCUGAGUUCAAGUUCGGAGAGAAAUGAGAGGGCUCUUGAUAAAUUAGAGUCAUUGCACAAGUUCUUCUCCAAAUCUAGACUAGAAAUCAUUGAUGAAAGCGAUGAACACCUCGAUAAAGCCAAGUCUAGGAGGCGUUCUAAGGUUAAAAGCGCAGACCUGAAUGUAGACCAAUCAAGUUUAGACGACGUGGAAGAUUUGCAAGCGGAUAAUGAAUCGAAAGAUAAAGACCAAAAGAAA